AUGGCGCCUCUGUUCAUCCAGUCAGGAGUAGAUUAUGCCAAAACUCUGCUGCCGGAGACUCUGGUGAGGUCGGUAUCGACAGUCCAGACCACCAUCUCUCGGCACAUCCUUCCCUCAGCUCAGCCCCGCUGCUUUAAGGUCUGCACCAGCAGCCGGAGACGGCGACGGGGUCUGGCGGCGUCCUCGCUGGAUGAGAUGCUGGAACAGGCUGCGAGGGUGUUCAUGCUGUCCUGCCACUUCCUGUCUCUGGUCCUGGAGGAGGACGGGACUGUAGUGGACUCGGAGGAGUUCUUCCAGUCUCUGCCCAACAACACGCCGCUGAUGGUCCUGGAGAAAGGAGAGAUGUGGAUGCAGAACAAGGUCUUUCCGAGCUUCCGGCAGCCAAAGAAGAACGGUGUCGCUAAACUGACCGUUGACCUCUACAAGCUUCACCCUAAAGACUUCCUGUGCUGCCUCGCCAUCAAAGCCACUCUGUAUGACAUCUACACGCUGUCUUAUGACUUCAGAUGCAACAGGAUCAAACACAUCCUGAAGUCAGUGCUGCGCUGCCUCACCUGUCUGACCAGACUGACAGGACAGCUGCUGCUCUUCACAUCUUCAUCGUUACUGCAGUUCACCGGAGUGGACGACUGCUAG